AUGGGCGUCAUGACAACGUGGCUUUCGGCGCUGCCCGUCCUGCUCCCCGUCACCGCGCAGCUCCUCUUCCAAGCCGUCCCUGGCAGCUGCUGGGGUCUUUGGAUUGCUGCGCACGUGCGAUGCGUGAGCGACAAGCGGCUGCUGCGGCCACCCGCAAUGCUCUUGCUCUGGCUUUCGGCGCUGCCCUUUUUGGAGAAGUUGGCGUGGUGGCAGCUGGCACUUCAACUUCCGGGCCUGGGACUCUGCGCCGUCGGGGUGGCAGUGGCAGCACAGGACCCUCGAGGAGAAGGGCAGGAGCCAGUUGAAGAAGCUGAAGAAGACGCUGAUAAACGGAAGGCCCGACGACAUGCUGAAAAGAGCUUGGCCUGGAGCUGGGGCGGCCUUCUCGCGGCCUGGCUGCUGUCGAUCGGGUCGCUUCUCCCCGUCUCCUGGCCGUUGGCGGUUUCCGCGCUUCCCGGCCUCGCCUUGGGGCUCUUCCUCGUGCGAAGAGUCGCCACACAAGGGGCCCCGCCUCAGAUUAGAGAAUUCUACAUCAUUCAUGCUACCUUUGCCUGGCUCUGGAAUUUGCCCGUCUUGGUCGUCAAGGGCAGCUGGUGGAUUUUCCUUUCGCUGGAAGUCCUCGUCUUCACCACUUGCACUGCGACCAUGAGCCGGGACACAGAUGUGGUAUCAAGACUGAGAGGGGGACGGAACUAUUGUGUUGAUUUCACACGUCUCUUCAUGGGUGUGCCUCUGCCGGUGCUGGCACUUUGGGCCUCGGCAGACUGGGAGGCACCCUGGACCUGUGACCACGCCCCAGGCCCGAUCUGCAAGACCUGGCCGCUGCCGGCGCUGCUCGCACCGUUUCUCGCGGCCGCCACCACUUUCAGUGUCGAGUUCGUCAGCCUCCAUGGCAGAGAUCUGUUCCACCUGAAGCGGGGUGAUCUGCUCGCGCGGGCUCUGGUGCUCGUGGUGCUGGCGGCCGCGCCUGUGGCCUGCAUGUGGGACCUGGAAAGUGCCACAAGCUCGGUGGAAGUUCCGGACUUGAACCUUUUGGAUUACACACAUGUGACGAACUACACGGGCAUUUGGAGUCUGUCGAGCUUGCGGCUGAAGAUGCGGGCCGGACAAUGGCUGCGAAAGAUGCCUGAACCCGUGUGGCCCAAUGCAACGGAGCUUCUACACCCGCCGCCGCACCGGGCCGACUUCUGGGUGAGCUGGAUGCUGACGAAGUCCGGGCUGGUGGUCUUUAGUGCCGCACUGCUGCUUCGAUUCGCCUGCGGCGCGGCCUCGCGGACUUCGCCCACUGGCCAAGAGCCACAGCCGCAAGGUGCCGAAGCGGAGCUGGAGCAGGCCACCGGCAGCGACGACGAGGCAGCCCUCUCUGACGAAUCGUUGGACAUGCUGGCCUGGGUGCUGGUGCCGUGCUGGCUUGUCCUCUGCACCAAAGUGGCGCUCUCAGCGGGCAAUGCAGGGGAGCUUGCUGCAGGCACUGGCCUGCCCUGGGAGGCCUACGAUCUGCUCCUGACUUGCGGGCUGGCCCUCUUCCUGGCACAGGCGCGAUCUUCUUUGAGAAAAGGGGAAGCGUUCGAUAGUUUGCAGUCGGCAAUCGCCCCUCCCCGCAACACACUGACACAAGCCGAACAUCGCUAUGGAGAAAACUAUAGGCUGAGAGGUGCCAUCUUCGGAGUUUCUAAUUUGUGCGGUUUCUGGUAUGGUCCGGGUUUUGGGGAGGGGAUUCGAAAGGCCGGCACCGUGCUCGGAGAUGCUUGGCCUGCAAUGUCCCGUCUCACUUUUCCAGCACAGGCCCUCGUCUUGCGGGCGCUGGGCUGCUCGAGCUACGGUGCAGCGGACGUGGCAGUGGCCAGCCUCAGCUUGGUGCCGUUCUUAGGCGAGGCUUUCGACUCGCUGAAAGACUCUGUGCUCGCAGCGCAAGCCAUUGCCUCCGACACCGGCUGGGUGCGACCGAUAGGCUGGGGUGCGCUAGGCUACCUCUGGCUGCUACACAUUGCGAUUCUGCUUCCGGACAUGUCGUCCCGCCUGGAGCUUUGCCGGGGCUACUUGACCCUCUUCUUUCUGAAGAGCAAUAUGGGUCUGGGCAUCGAAGACGGCUUUUGGAAGAAGCUCAGGCAGAAGCUCUUGCAGCUCUGCUACAAGCAGAGUACGCCCACCAGACGGUGGUCAAUGCUGCUGGAAGACGCACCGCAAGGCAUCAUCGCCUCGGUGAUCUCCGUGGCCGAUGGCCUGAAACCCUUCACUCUUGUAGUGAAUCUGAUCAUCCCCUUUGUGCGGCUCUUGCUGGCGUGGCUUUUCCACGACCACGUUGCCUGGGAGGUGCGGGACUGGCUAAAGAACGAGGUGCUGGAUGCCUACGCUGCCGGUGUCGCCCAGGAGAGGGGCUGGGGAGGCACGAUCCUUGAUCUUCGGGAGCUGCUGCGAACUUUAAUGUUGGCGAGGUCUGAUGAAUGGAACAGCUGGCUCCAGAAGGGCCCUCCCGGGCGCUGCGAAGCGCUUCAGCUGGAUCUCCGUUUUGACUCCGAGCUGGGCCGGGAACUGCGGGAGCUCUCGGAGGCUCGGCUCGCGGCUCUGCAGGCGCCGCCCGGCCGCCUGCCCCGCAGAGUCGUCCUCGAUUUGAAGAGCUGCGACCUGGGAGACGAAGAGUGCCGAGUUCUCUGCGAAUCUUUGUGGCAGAUCGCAGGAGGCUGCGAGGAGCUCGAGCUGGGGUUGUGGGACAACGCGAUCACUGCGAAGGGCGUGGAGUUCUUGGCGCAGGGCCUCGGGGAGAUGAAGGCUCUGACGAAGCUCGAGCUGCAUCUGAGCAACAACCCCAAGCUGGGCGACGCCGGCUGCCAGGCGCUCUGCCGAAGCCUCCGUGGGAUGCUGGAGCUCAGGACUCUCGAGCUGAAGUUGUGGUACACCGGCCUCGGGGUCGAGGGCUGCGCUGCCCUGGCGGCUCUCGGAGAGCUGCGGCUGCAGGAGCUCCGAGGGUUCUCUCGGAUGUACACGCGGCAGGGGCGGGGGUGCCGGGGCGUGAGCUUUAUAAGCCAUAUUGGCAAGGAGCUUUUGGCUAUAAUUUUGGAUUCCCGAGACAUCCCGGGCCCGAACAUUCCUCUCCAGGAGCUCACGCUGUUGAUACAGUCCAACCGCAUCCCGCCGGAGGCCUUGGAGGAGCUGCGGGGAGUCUGGGAACUGCGGCGACAGCUCCGCAACCACAUCCCGAAGCUGGAGAUUCGGGACGAAGAACAGCUGAAGUGA